CUUUCUCGCAGCUAUUUGUGUGGAUUAAUCUUUCUGUUUGGGCUUCUUUUUGAGGCAGGCACAAAGAAAAUAGACUGACAGAGGUAUUUUGGAAGUGGGAGGAGAUUGAGGCAACUUGCACAGGUGGGGCGCAGAUUGAAAACAGCCGGUUUGUUUUGCUGGAUGAACACAGAGGGAAAUCUGAGGUGAGGUGGAGCGUUGCUCAGGGCUCACAGCUAUUCAUUGGGAGGACAGGUUGGACUGGUUUGCAGCUCCACAAUACAAGUGUUUCCCCCGCUCUGGCUCACUAAAUCAGCAGAGACACGGAGGAAGGAGUGAACUAGAUAGAAAGUGGCUUUGGAAAGACUCAAAGGGAUUCUCUGUACAGUUCAACAUUUGGCCCAGAGAGGACUUCCAACAUGCCCGAGGAGAGGGAAGGAGAAUUUUAUGGAAAGAAUGGCGAGCCAAGGAAGUUCGACCCGACAUUCAAGGGCCCGAUCCAGAACAGGGGCUGCACAGACAUCGUGUGCUGCAUCCUCUUCAUCAUUGCCAUAUUGGCUUAUAUUGCAGUGGGAAUACUCGCCUGGUCCCAGGGCGACCCCAGGAAGGUGAUCUACCCCACAGACAGUCGAGGCCAGUUCUGUGGGCAGGCUGGCACGCCACUUGCGGACAAGCCCGUGUUGUUCUACUUCAACAUCAUGAAGUGUGCCAGUCCCAUGGUGCUGCUGGAGUUCCAGUGUCCGACCACACAGAUGUGUGUGGACAAGUGCCCCGAAAAGUUCAUGACAUUAGUCAAAGCCUACACCAACAAAAAUGACUUUGACUACUACAAGACGUUCUGCAAGGAAGGUGUGACUAACACAAUGGGAAUACCAGAAAUCCUGAAGCAGGGUCUCUGUCCUGCCAUGCUGAUGCCCAGCAAACCCUUCACUCGCAGGUGUUUCCCAGCUUUGGGCGAGAGAGGAGGGGUGAUAACUGUGGGAAACAACUCUAAAUUCGACGAUGGAAGGGGAAACAUGAGAGACGCCAAGGAUCUUUUGGAUGGAGUCACGAACGCCACUGUGGUUAUCGAGGCGCGCCAGGUCGUCAUGAAAAUCUUUGAGGAUUUCACACAGUCCUGGUACUGGAUCCUGAUAGGGUUGGUUAUCGCCAUGCUCACCAGCCUGCUCUUCAUCGUCCUCCUGCGUUUCCUGGCAGGGAUUAUGGUCUGGGUCAUGAUUGUCAUGGUGAUACUGGUCAUAGGAUACGGUAUCUUCCACUGCUACAUGGAGUACGCUGCUCUGAAAGGAACGGCGGGCUCUGACGUGACGUUACAGCAGCUGGGCUUCCAGACGGACUUCGCAGUCUACCUGCAGAUCAGACAGACCUGGCUGGCGUUCAUGAUUAUCCUGGCCAUCGUGGAGGUCAUCAUCAUCCUGCUGCUCAUCUUCCUCAGGAAGAGGAUCCUCAUCGCCAUCGCUCUCAUCAAAGAAGCCAGCAGAGCCAUCGGGCAUGUGAUGUCUUCUCUUUUCUACCCGCUCUUCACGUUCGUCCUCCUGGCCAUGGUCGUCGCCUACUGGGCAGUCACUGCUGUCUUCUUGUCUACCUCUAAUGAACCCAUCUACAAAGUGUUCAACGAGACGGCGUGCGACUACUCGAGAACAACCUGUAACCCAGCGAACUACUCGACCAGUCUUGAGAAGGCGCGGUGCCCUGACUCCAUGUGCCUUUUUGCCUUCUACGGCGGAGAGACCGCGUACCACAAAUACCUGAUCGGCCUGCAGUUCUACAACGUCUUCCUGUUCUUCUGGUGUGCCAACUUCGUGACGGCUCUGGGACAGAUGACGCUGGCCGGAGCCUUCGCCUCAUACUACUGGGCCUUCGUCAAGCCGGAUGACAUGCCUGCCUUCCCCGUCUUCUCUUCCCUCGGGAGAUCUCUCAGGUAUCACACAGGGACUCUGGCGUUCGGCUCCCUUAUCCUCUCAAUCGUUCAGAUCAUCAGGGUUUUGCUGGAGUAUCUGGACCACAAGCUGCAAGGAGCCCAAAAUAAGUGUACCAAGUUCCUGUUGUGCUGUAUGAAGUGCUGCUUUUGGUGCCUGGAGAAAUUUGUCAAGUUCAUCAACAGAAAUGCCUACAUCAUGGUGGCGAUAUACGGCAAAAACUUCUGCACCUCUGCCAGAGAAGGCUUCUUCCUCCUCAUGAGGAACAUGGUCAGGGUGGCUGUCUUGGACAAAGUGACAGAUUUCCUUCUGUUUUUGGGCAAACUGCUCAUCGUUGGGCUCGUGGGGAUCUUUGCCUUCUUUUUCUUCUCGGGGAGAGUGAAGGCCUUCGAGAGUACCGCCCCCCAUCUCCACUACUACUGGGUACCCAUCCUGACUGUGGUGGUUCUCUCCUACUUCAUCGCCCACGGCUUCUUCAGUGUGUACGCCAUGUGUGUGGACACGCUCUUCCUCUGUUUCUUGGAGGAUCUGGAGAGGAACGAUGGCAGCGCAGAGCGGCCCUACCUGAUGCCCGAGAGCCUCCGCAAAGUCCUGAAUAAGAAGAACAAGAAGGAGCCGGCGCAGUAAAGAAUGGGUGCCAUGUCAUUGUUCCAACCUCUCAGUAACCCAAAAAAUUCCCUUUGGUCCUACAGCCCACUAGUCCGACGUCCCUUUGGUGGCGUACGAAUCCCACUAUGGCCAUGCCACAGUGGCAUAAGCAAGGAAACCCUCCGGGGCCGGCCCUAGACUUUUGGGGGCCCUAAGCAGGAUUUGGGUUGGGGACUCUGCACAUUGUUACAUGUUGCCAAUGAACUUGGCAUUAAACCAAUUUGUGUAUUUGUAUUAUGUACAAAUAUGCAUUUAAAGACAAAUGUGAGACCUAUUAGCAGCAACACUAUCUUUAAAUAGACCGGCUCUGUUAUGAGCUCUAUUGGGGGACAUUUCAUGCGCUCUUGGGGGCCCUCUAGUAGCCGCGGGGCCCUAAGCAGCUGCUUAAUUCACUAAUGGGUCGGGCCGGCUCUGGUAACCCCAUUGGUAUAGGUCUUAUCCCCUGACCAAUCGGCUAUCCUGACCUUAACCACUCGAGGUCAAUGCCUAAUCCCAACCAAUCGAGCUGCUUCGUGGGGCGGGUCUUGGCGUGGCCAUAGUGGGAUUCGUAACUAGUUCGGACUAGUGGGCUGUAGGACCAAAAGGAAAUUUUUGGGGUCAUUGAGCGGUCGGAACAAUGGAGCGUCGGAGAAAUGGGCAGUCCCCAAAGAACUGUGGGGCUGAAACUGGACGGUGGUUUUGUUGUGAGGAAACCGAACUGGCUUGGACAAUAACCGAACGCCAUCGGUCACCAGGGCCCUUCAGGUGACAAUCAGUAGUGUCAUAUUUUUGGUUACUACCAAACGUUUGAUUCCCACGUUUCUUAUGAAUCGGAACAAUGUCUGGUUUUCAUUUUAGAACUCUGUGGCUUUUUAAAUUUUUCUAUUUUGAACGCAGUUAACAUCCAAACACAUAUUUUAAGUACGUUGCACAUUAUUUUAUCAAAGACGUAGCUUUUAAUUUGAGCAUGUUUUAUUUUUACAUGAAGGUAAGCUUACUAAGGUUGUUUUAAUAUGUCUCGGCGCUUUUAUCAUUGUGUAAUCUUCCCUUUUGAAUACAUAUUUAACCUCGUUACCAAAGCCAUAACGCUGCCGCUCGUGAUAAGUGGAGGUCAUUUAAUCGGCAGGUAUUAGACCCUUGCAUAAACUUUUUAUCAGCAACCAUUUGGAGAGAAAUAUAAAUGGGAACAGAAGCUAAAUUGUAUGUUAUAUGCUUAUACUUUUGUGCUUGUUUUAUUAUUGUGGAGUUGAAUUGAAAAUGUUUAUGAAAUAAACGUAGUUUUGUACAUAAGUG